ACACAAAUUGCUCCAAACUGCUGGAUUGACUUCUUAUUCGCUCCACUGAAUCAGCUCGACUCUCUCCAUCAAUCCGUCUUUGUGUCAGUCUCAACCUGUCUAUCCUGAAGUUUUGUCGGGUUCAUCAAGUUCACGCUGACAUUCAGUGACUGAGGCUGAGCAGGAACACUCACACUCAGAGCUGAGAGUGGCCGUCAUUCAUCACAGAUCAUCUGAAUACGUGCAUCUGUCAACUGUCAAAUCUGCUGCUCCUACCUCCUGAGGAUCAACUCUGAAGAGGAGGAGUGCCUCACCAACAGGAAGAAAGCAUCCAUCAGUUUAACUUCAGUGUGCAAUCAACAGGCUAUCACCGGAUUAGAAGUUUCCUUUCUCUGUAUCCUAAAUCAGGUGGAUAUUGCCCAGCUCAAAGUUUAGCAGUGAGUAAGGAAUCUGAGUUGUAAUCAGUCAUGGCAGACUGGAGCCUACUGGGAAACUUCCUGGAGGAAGUACAGGAGCACUCUACCUCUGUCGGCAAGGUGUGGCUGACCAUCCUGUUUAUCUUCCGAAUCCUUGUCCUCGGGACAGCAGCUGAGUCAUCGUGGGGAGAUGAACAGGAAGAUUUUAACUGUGACACUGAACAGCCAGGCUGUGAGAACGUCUGUUAUGAUCGAGCCUUCCCCAUAGCACACAUACGAUACUGGGUGCUCCAAAUUGUGUUUGUAUCCACUCCCAGUCUGAUCUACAUGGGUCACGCUAUGCACACUGUCCGCAGAGAGGAGAAAAGAAGGAACAGGGAAGAGGAGGGAAGAGAGGAGGGAGGGGGCGAAGAAGACCCGGGAGGAGGUGAAGGAGGAGGUGGAGAGAAACAAGAGAGGAAAGGGGAAGAAGAUGGAAAUGAAAAAAACGAAAGUCACUCAGCAGGUCGAAUUCGCCUGAGGGGAGCGCUGCUGCAGACAUACGUUCUGAGUAUACUGUUACGCAGCAUCAUGGAGGUGGUGUUUCUGUGUCUUCAGUACUUCCUGUAUGGAAUCUUUCUCAAUCCUCUGUACGUCUGCAAGGCAUGGCCAUGUCCACAUCCAGUUAACUGCUAUGUCUCCAGACCUACAGAAAAAAAUGUCUUUAUAGUGUUCAUGUUGGUCGUGUCAGCUGUCUCUCUGGUCCUCAGUGUGCUUGAACUACAUCACCUGGCAUGGAAACAUUGUUGCAGGCGAUUCUUGUGCUCCGCAAAAGUCAACAAAGCAGCCAACACCUCUCUGAGCCGACAGCUCUCUUUGUCUCCUCCACCACCAUCAACGCCACCUCCAGAUUUCAACCAGUGUGUAACUGGCUCCACGCACUUCCUACCCCUCCCCUUCCCCAACCACCGACUAGCAAACCAACAAAACUCUGAAAACAUGGCUACCGAGCAGAACAAAAUGGCAGCCGCUGUGGAAGAGGUAAACUUCCUCCAAAUGAGCUGCUAUUCUCAUGGAUGGCAAAAGACCAAUGAUGGUCAGAUCCAAGAUGGGAGAUACCUGAGACCCGAUGCUAACUGCUAUACCCCCGAGAGCAGGGACGUUGGCUGUGUUCAGAUCCAAAAUGGUGGCCCAGACGUGCUGCUGCAUAAGGACAAGCGAAGAUACAGCAAAGCCAGCGGAACGAGCAGCCGAACUAGAGCAGAUGACCUCGCAGUUUAGAAAAAAAAUAAAAUAUGAAAUAAUAGAUUUACAAACGUGCUGAAAAAAAACACACAUGCAUAAAAGGCAACCUAAAGCUGAAUAAGUCCGUCCACCUUAGCUUUCAUGACAUGAUUCAUUUUACCUAAGGAAUCGUGUAAAUGAUGACUAAUUCCUUUCAUCUUCUUCCUUCCAACAUUAUACGGCUCCUAAUGACUUAAACGAUGGUCAUUACCAACAUCUGAGUAAAUGCAUUGCACUAGGGAUUGAACAACUGGGCAGCAAUGUCUGGAGUUGCGGUGCUACACAGUUUGCUAAAUCCAUCAAGAAUAACUGGAUUGUGGCUUCUUCUUGAACUUAAACAAACAUGCACCUGAAGCUUGCACUGUUUAUAUGCUGAGACUUAAGUCACCAAAAAGGCCAUAAAAGGUGAACAAAACAGAGUUUGGGUGACACCAUUGAGGGAGUCCGGACUGUAUAGCAUAGACGUCUCAUUCUUUUCUUUAUUUACUGGUGUGACUCAGUUGGGCACAAAUUAAUUCAUGACUUUAGUCACAAGCAUGCUGAUAAAGCCUUUUUUGAGAACAGCAGCAGUGACUGUAACUGUAAACUUUAAAAACACGCUCUUUUUGAUGUUUAUCUCCUGACAGUCACAGCUGUCUUAAUAGUACUAAUGUGUUUCAGGACCUUAAAAGGCCCAAACUGAAAAGCUAAAAAAUGCACUAAAAUCCUGACUGUGACGUAUUUGUUUUAUUUCAAAGCCAAAAUAUAGAAAAAGGCAUGAGGAAGAGGCAUGAGGCACAUUCACUUAAAGCUUUAUCUUUAACAUCAUGUAAAGGCAAACACCUCUUAAAUAUAUAUUUUUCUGAGAUUUUACUCCCCAAAUUUGUAGCCAAUCAUUGAUGAUAAACCUAACAUAGAGAUGAAAAUUUCCUCUAAUCCUAGUGCACUGAGUCUUUACCUGCUUGCCAGGUAUUUCACUUAAACUUAUAACAAAAUUACACUUUGUUGAUUUCACUGUUACUUCUUCAUAUGUAUUUUGCAGAAAUGUUUGUUCUAGCUUACCUGCUCUAUAAUCAGUUGAAUUUACUUCUUACUAGGUGUCAUUUGAAUUAAAUGAGACAUUAAAACAAUACAUUUACACUUCAGUAUCAAAAAAAUAUUGCAUGAACAGUGUUUAUUCAUAGUUCUUGCUGGUUUGCAGUCCUUGAGUCUUCACAGGAAAUGAAAAAUUGAGCCUUGUGUCUUUGGAAGUACCAGCACUGGACACACUGGGGACUUCUAUGUUAGCUGUAGACUGACCUACACUCUGUGGUUUAUUGGCUGGACUUAUGACUGACUUGUUUAACAUUUUGCACUGAAAAUUUACAAUGUGAUUUUGUGAAACUGCUUAAAAAGGUUUUGCUAAAUUUUAUUCACGAGUCUGUCCUGUUUGUGGCCUGUUUGAACUGCACUGUCUGUCUUCAGCCACAUUUGAUACCGUGUAGAUUAUCUUUUCACACCAGCAUGUCUUUUAUCAUUUCUUCUCAAAGAUUUCUUGCAUUUCCUAAAAUGACAGUCUGGAUGAUACUGAUGGGUUUCUAGUACAUUAUAUUAUGGUCAUUUUAGCUAUGAGCACACCUAGAAUAAAGCAUGGGACUACUACAAUGUCUAGCAUAAUGUAUAUGAUGUGUUUUGUUUCAAAUUGUUCAUAAUGUCAAUGGACACAACAAAAAAAAGGUUGGGUAUUAAGCAGUGACCAAUGCUGUUAAUGACAAUUUAAAUUUGUUUUAUAUUUAUUAUUCCACUUGAAUAAUGUGAAUGCUUUAUACAUUUUGAAAAUAAACGUUAAAUAUGCAAA